AUGUCUCUCCCCGAUUUGAUCUCCCGUGUCAAAGAUUUGAUGGCUCAGUACCAUGUUCCUGGUGUUUCUAUUGCCGUGGUGAGAAAUGAUCAAGUGUCAUCUGCGAGCUUUGGAAGUGCAUCUAUCGAGCCCCCAAUACCUUGCACAGCGGAUACACUUUUCGACAUUGCAUCUUGCGCAAAGUCAAUGACUGCGGCUUCAGUUGGGAUACUUGUGGAAGACGAGAAAUACCCCGACAUCAAAUACGACUCCAUCAUGUCCAGCCUCCUACCAGAAGACUUCAUGAUGUCAAGUUCUAUACACAGUGAAGGCGUGAUGGUUGAAGACUUGCUGAGCCACAGGUCCGAUAACGCAAAAUCCAUCACCCGAAACCUGCGAAAUCUUACCGUGGCGGCUCCUGUACGGUCUCGGUACCUGUACUGCAAUAUGAUGUAUACAGUCCUAACACACCUCGUCGAAGUCAAAACCGAGAAACCAUUCGCGGAGUUCCUAGAAGAGAAGAUCUUCAUUCCCCUCGCGAUGACCUCGAGUAAUCUGCAGCCUGCAAAUGCUCGUGCGAAGGGUCUGGGCAGCAGCAUCGCCACUGGCUAUAUAUGGGACAAAGCCAGCGGUUACCGCGAAUGUCCAUGCGCUGAUUGCCCCGAAGGCCAGGGAGCAGGGUCUGUGAUCACAAGUGCCAACGACCUCAUCAAGUGGGUGAAGGCAUUAGUGAACCAAGAGGGUCCAAUCACUCCUCAACUCUAUCGGGGACUGGUCAGACCGCGUAGCUUUCCCAAUCAUCAUCCCGCGAGGCUGAGACCGUUUACGUCUCCGCCUGUCUAUGCAGCGGGGAUGGAGAUCUAUUACUAUAGAGGCCACAUGAUUGUCGGGCAUGACGGCGUUGUCCCUGGGUUUGGGGGCCGCUUUGCCUUCAUCCCUGAAAUCAAAUUCGGUGCCGUGGUUCUGGGAAAUUCUUCAGAAGCCGGUAUCGUUGCCGGGAUAUUGAUUCGCGAGUUGAUCGAUGAUGCCCUUGGUGUUCCCGAGGCAGAGCGGAGAGGCGGUGUUCGAAGUAAGAAAAUCAAUACGGCUGUCCCAGUUCAGACCGAGAAGAAAGAGAAGCGAAAAGGCAAGAAAGAUCGGAGCCCGAAACCCAACCAAGUUGAUGGUAAAAGGCAUGACGUGCAGAAAGUGAAUGCAGACCAAAGCCAACCUGAUAUUUCAGCGGAGCCACAAACCAAGCCUCUUGAUCAGUAUACUGGCCAGUACUGGAAUGAUGGAUAUCGUGGGAUGAACGUUCAGAUACGCAACGAUCGACUGUUUAUUGAUGCCUCGGACCGUGCGAUGGGAUUUCAUCUCACAUUCCAUCAUAUCUCCGGCCAGACCAAAUAUAUCGCGAUGUUGGUUGAUGUUGUAGAGGGGGGCAGCGAUCGGAUUGAGGCCGAGUUCUUGUUCAGGUGUGAUCAGGUCAUUGGGAUGGGUCUUCGCUUGGAGAGAUCGCUGGAGGAUUUGAUCUGGUUCGGGAGAGUUGAUGAACGGCGAAACCUGAUAAAAGAUGAAGAAUGA